UUUAAACCCCCUGAUUUACAUCCCCGACUUCUGUCGUCUUCACAAUUGUUUUGCAGAAAUGCUCGCACUUCAACUUCUGGUUGUUCUGCCCAUCUUCGUCUACAGCCAACAAGAACCUCAUCAACAUGGCUAUCGUGGUGGUCCCUACCAUGCAGCACACUGGACACGGAAGGAAGAAAAUUUGCUUAGAAGAAAUGAGAACAUGACUUUAGGAGAGUUGGAGCAGAUGGCUCAAGAACAAGAGGCAAAAAGAUUGGAAAGAUUGAAGCAGGAAUUCGAAAGAAGGGAAGAGAUGAAUAAGAAGGUUGAUAAAAUGGUACUGGAAGGCUUCAUAAAACUUGUGCACGAUUAUAUGGUAUACAGUGCCAUUGGGCGCAGUAAGAAUAUGACACUAAGGGAGUUUCGUGCGGCGAUCCAAGAGUUCAACAAAAAGUACCCAGGAAAGGUUUUGUAUUUUGAGCAAAUGCGCCGCGAGAUGAAGGAGAAGCUUGCAAGAGAAGCUUAUGAGGCGAAGGAAAAUGAGACGAAAACAGCAGGAAAUUGAGCUAUUUCACUAACUUUCCUCAAAAUUUAAUCUGUGUUCAUAAGUGCAUGACUUGUCUAUUUAUGUGAUGAAAAUAAAGGGCGGGAGUAACUCC